GUGAGCUCGGCGGGACAGGGUGCGUUCCUGGCUCCUAACAUUUUUAGCUGGGUCCUAGACUCCAAGCAAAUUUGUCAAGCCCUGGCCUAGCGCUUAGGAGGAACAGAAAGGAGACAAAUGAGGAAGCCCCGUACAUCACAGCUUGCCAGCACUAGAUCGGGUAGGUGCCUGACCACCAGUUGGCUGUUGAGGGGAGCUGUCAGUGUAGCACUGCUGGCCUCCCAGAGGGGGUUGUCAGUGGUGCGCCCCGGGCCGCCCGGGGGGUGGUGCUGUCAGUGCUGCCCAAGGGGGAGUUGCUUGUUUGCCGCCUCCCCAAAAAGACCCGCCAGCUGCCACUGGCGGCUACGUACAUAAAUAUUUCCAGCAAAAUGUGCGUAACAAUAUUUACUUAUGAAAAAGCACUCCACGAAUGGCCUAAUACUUUUCUGAAUUGUUCCAGUAACACUGAAAUUAGUAUUGCUUACUAGGACUAAGAUACUUAUGGGCACUUACACUUGUAAACCAUUUGUCACCAUCCAGGCUUACCAAGAGAGUAAUGUUAGCAGUAGGAUAUAAGUGAAUGCUGGUCUUUAGUAUAUAGUUUGACACUAGGGUGACUAAUGUCACCAAAAUGCUGAUGCAAAUGUUGCUUUUCAAACACUCUGCAGUCAUGUAAGAGUAUUUACGUGAUCUUGCCUGUGCAAUGCAUUAUGAAAGGCAUAGGCUGCUGCCAGUGUUGUGCUUUGGGACUGAAUAGGGAGUGUCCUGCACCAUGUACUGACAGUCCCAGUGGGGAGAUCACUCAGCUCACUUCACACUAGAGGAAGCACAGUGCUAUCAGCUCCAGCAGCUCAGGUUAUAUUUAUAGUGUGUACUAUGUCUACCUGCCCGAAAUGUUUCUUGUAAACUGAAGACGCCAAAUCACUGCUCACCUUUCACAGUCUAUGGCUCGCAAUAUACAUUGAUUCCACCACUGAACAUUUUCAAGACUUGUCAUCUCAGCACAAUGGAUUUGUAUGGAUUUUACCUUUUGAGAGGCUGAUGCAGACUGUUGAUAAAUGAACAUUUUUUCUGAAGCUGUUCGGAUGUGUAACACAACGCGGAUUGUUAAUCUGCUCCUUGCUAUUGAAGAUUGUUAGUGUGACAAGACUUGAGAUGAUUCUUCGUAUAAUGCUACAGACAACGAGGUUUAGCUUUGCAUAUCAUUUUGACUUAUCGUACGUUUUUUAGGAAGACAAUGAUUACGGUACUUUAUGGUUAAGAAAACCAGCAUCAUUUAUAUAUGUCAACCCACUGCUAGUCAAAAUGAGAAAGGAAUCCAAUUCUGGAAGCCUUAGGAUCAAGAGAAAUUCUCAUGGUUCCUUCUCUCGACCUGUGAGUUGGAUCAACUUCUCUUCUUUGUCUCGAAAAACCAAGAAGAUCUUUAAAAGUGAUGACGACCUUUCCAAAAGAAGUAAGAAGGCUGAGGAUGAAUCUGAAUAUUGGGGGUAUCAGAGGCACAACAGAAAAGCUGUUUCCAAUUUAGACGAAGAAAAUAAGUGGACAGUCCACUACAAGGCAUCUUGGCACCAACAAGAAAAUGUCUUCCUUCCCUCAUCCAGACCGCCAUGUGUAGAGGAUUUGCACAAGCAAGCCAAAGUGAACCUGAAAACUGUUCUGCGAGAAUGUGACAAGCUUCGAAGGGAUGGCUAUCGCAGCUCCCAGUACUAUUCCCAAGGACCAACAUUCUCCUCCUCUCCAAGCAUGGUUUGCACAAGUUAUCCAGAAGAUGAUGAAGAAUACAGUCGAAAGUUUUCCUUCUCUUCAAAUGAAGAGGAAAUGCUCCUGACUGGGAAGAGACCUAAAACCCCAGUUCCUCAGGAGUUCUCUGACACCCAUACCAACUGGACCAAGGCUCUUCCAUUACCCACUCCAGAAGAGAAAAUGCGUCAAGAGGCACAAGCAAUACAGACUGAUGUGGUGCCCAUAAAUGUUACAGGGGAGAAUUUCGACCGCCAAGCCAGCUUGAGGCGGUCUCUUAUUCACACUGACACUGUGGUAAGACGUCCAAAGAAGGUCAAAAGGAGAAAGACUAUAACAGGAGUCCCAGACAACAUACAAAAGGAGCUAGCGGGUUCAUGCCAGAUAGGUUUCAGAGGACAUUCAAUGCACAUACCGGAGAGCUAUAAUGCACUGGACAAUCUAGAGCCAUGCCUCUCGCCAUCGCAGCGGUCUGAAACAAGGGACUUCAGUUGCCAAACUGAAGAGAUAAAGAUAGUACCUCCCUCUGUCCGAAGGAUUAGAGCCCAGAAGGGACAAGGCAUAGCGGCUCUAAUGUCUAAUUCUUCUGGAAAUAUGUCCACCCUGAGCGACCCUGCAGGAUGUACUUUACGACCCAAUGGCGAUCUGAAUUUCCGCAGUUUACCAAGGACAGGAGCUCGGGUCUGCCUGCAGUCCCUUGAGGAAAGGACAGAAACCACCAACAGGAUAGAAGAUUCUUUUAUUACGUUGCCACGUCAGUUAAGCAAGUUGCAAGUUGAUGACAGUGUUAUUCACCUCAGGAAUAACCAUAGAACUGGAACACUCUCAAGGCCAAAAUCCCAAGAAGUCCGGGGCUCAGAAAGAGAAGUCUUUUCAAACCCAGCGUGUGUGGUUUCCCCUCAUGCAGCUUACUCCACAAGUGUCAUCCCCAAUGCCAUGUUGUCCUCUUCUUCAGAAGUAAUUGCUAUUAACACAUCUCAAAGCAGUGGGCAACUGGACCUUAAACCAACAUCCCAUGGGUCAUCUUCCAAUAGUAAAAGUGUAUGUCGAGAGCUCAGUGUCAACGUUAAGGGUGAUAACCGCUUCUGUAGUGCUAAACGGAGUGAGAACAGUUCAUUGAGGCAUUCUCAGGCCUCAGAUGCAAUAUCACCAGGUGCCAUGAUGAUUAUUAACUUGCGUGAUAAUCUAAUGCCUCCCAACAGUACAAAUAGCUUGAACAAUUGCCCACAAAUGAUACCAUACAAAAUGAAUGCUGCCUUAAAUAGCCACCCACAUGACAGUGAUACACACAGUGAAUCAAGCUACUCAGAUGGUCGACAAAGAAAUGGGAGUAUAACCAGCAGCAUUAACAGUGCAGACCAGUGGCCAUGUGAAACUAGGGAAAAUGACAGUAAUGUCCCUUUAAGGAAACCAUCAUCCGCUGUCUCUGGCUCUCCUAUUAGUAAUAGGAGCACUUGUAGUUCAGACAGGAAAGCUGACUCCAGCUCACUCUAUUCUCUGGACCAUGAUGGCUACUACACUUCAAUGCACAUGGAUUCUGGAGUUGGAUCAGGUAACCAGAGACAACACAAUGGUGUACAGAAUCUCCGUCACAGCGUCAUCAAUGUCAUUGAUAAGAAAGACACUCUGAACCAGGAUGAUACUUCAAGUUAUAGUGACAAAUCUCUUACCCGCAGCAUAUCUCUGAAAAAGCCCAAAAAACCUCCUCCGCCUCCGUCUAGGACAGACUCUCUCAGGCGUCCACCUAAGAAAGACCUACAAUCUAAUGGCCAGGUGCUUAAUGAAAAGCUUAUUGCCACUCUCCAGCAAUCAUUGCAGCUAAACUUGAAGAGUAAAAGUGGCAGCUCACCAUCACAGAGUCCAUGCAGCGACUAUGAGGAUCCUUGGGUGCUGCGAUCUCGCAGUCAGAGCACAGUAAGUGCAAGUAGUAGUGGGCUGUCUGCCACAGCUGCCAACAUGUACUCUAUUUGUCCUGUUACUCCCUCUCAGAGUGAGACAAGCAGCAUAAAAUCUGAGUAUGCUGAUCAUUGGAGUUAUUACAUUGAUGAGCAUCCAAAAUCGACAUUGCACUCCCCUAAGAAAUUGUCACAUUCUUCUGAACAACAAAUGCACAGUGGCGUAUCCAAACCAAUUAAUGCAUCACCUGAAAAGCCUUGCAGAGUCACUUCACCUUCUAGUGGAUAUUCAAGUCAAUCGAAUACCCCAACCAAUCUAACACCUGUACCACUACUCUUGAGAAGUAUGUCUCCAGGAACUGGAAAAAAUAAAGUGAAGCCCAAAGUGCCUGAAAGAAGAUCUUCUCUGAUCUCAUCCGUCUCUAUUUCUUCAUCAUCAACUUCUCUUUCGUCAAACACAUCAGACUCUGCACAGCAAACUAUCAGAAAAGCGACCAUGGUUUUGCCAUCCUCUCCAACACCCCCACUUACACCAGACCCACCCCCUCCACCCAUGAUAGAUAUGGUUGACAAUAGUACUUUGCCACCAUCUCCGAUUCUCCCACCUCCACCUCCAGAGGCAGCACUGUUUCUAUUACCUGGUGACAAUAUGUGGCUAUCACAUUCAAAAAAUACUGACAAAUAUACACAACAGGCCUUUCCCCCACCAGCUCUUCCUCCUCCCCCUCCUCCUCUUCCCACUUUGCACUCUAAGGCUGCUCCCAAAGUUCCCCCUUUUAACACAGAAUCACUAAGCUUGAAAAAGGAGCUCUCGCCACAAAGAAAGGACACUUUACUGGUUAAUCCACGAAAUAACUCCCCAAAUAAACAAGAACUAAUAAGUCCAAUAGCUCCUAUUAUUACUGCUCAGGCACUACAAAUGGUGCAGUUGAGGUCUGUUAAAAAAACAUCACAACUAGAAGCUGAAAAUAUAGCUGAGCAGGUGCAAGAGCCAAAAUUUCAAAAUGAAACGUCACCCUUAUUUUCACGGCCAUCUUCCGUGCCAUCUGUCUCUUCAGAUCUCAGUUACAGUGAAAGCAUCCGAGAAAAUAAAAAUCUGAACUUGCAAGAUGAGCAGCUACAGUACUCUUAUUCUCCGAACAAGUCAGCUAGAUUUACUACUGUUGAAAAUACGAGAGGUGGAUGCAGAGAAGAGGAAUAUCAGGAUUCAGCACACAAUGGAGAUAAAACUAUGUUGUCCAAAAUGUCAUCGCCACAAGAGAAAGCAAGUACUUCCCAAAGUCCGCCAAAUGCAUCUCCCAACAAGAAGCCUCCUCCUGUUUCAAAGAAGCCCAAAUUGUUUCUUAUCGUUCCACCUCCGCAGCUUGAUUUGGCAGCAGAAAAAAUAGCUCAAGUCAAAGAAAAUGUGAGUAGCAUGCCAAAAGCCUCUGAGAAGGAUUCUGUAAGCGAACAUUGUGAGGAGGUAAAUGGCCGUGUAGCAGAAGAGAACAGUUCAGAAGAGUCUGUGAGUUUGAAUUGCCAAGCCGGGGAAGAGACCGUGUCCUCCUGUAAAGUUGGGGAGGACAUCACAAUUUUUACUCCUGCUCUAGAAAGCCCAAAUCACCAGGAAGAGGAGGAGCAGCCUACAAUGUCUGAUGAGGCCAGCGUCCCAGAUGGCAAGAAUGGGAGCACAAACCGUGACCCAAAUAUAUUCCAGGAAGAUGAAAAUGCUGAUGUUUUUGAAACAAAUACUUCAAGUUCACCCCUUCAACAGACCAAUGACCGAUUUAGUGGCAGUGAGGAAAAAAUAACUCCAACUAGGCCUAGGACUACUGAAGAUCUGUUUGCAGCCAUUCAUAGAUCCAAAAGGAAGGUUCUUGGUCGCAAGGAUUCUGAUGAUGAUCGCUGUAGAAAUCACUCGCCUUCCCCACCAGUCACACCAACAGGAGGAGUCCCAAACGUGAGCUCCUUUAAGCAGCCUGGAGCAAUCCACAGAAGUAUCCGAAAGACUAGUACCAGCAACGAUAGUUUCAAAGCUCUGUUACUAAAAAAGGGAAGCAGGUCGGAGUGUGGAUUUCGUAUGUCUGCUGCGGAAAUGCUAAAACACACUGACCCGAGGUUUCAAAGAUCACAAUCUGAUUCAUCCAUGGAGAUGCCAGACAGUCCGACAUUGAGUUCCCCGAACAAGAAUAAAAGAGUUCAGGAGGAAUGGGCCAAGAGUGAGGGAAUAAUGCCAAGAAGCAUGUCAGUUUCUGGGACUAGGUACAGCCGCUCCAGAACACCACCAUCUGCAGCCAGCAGUAAAUACAACGUCCGGAGCCGCAUUCAAAGCAGUCCCAUGACAGUGAUUUGUGAAGGGGAAGGAGAGAUGGCUGACACUGUAGAAAAUAGCUGUACAAAGGCACCACUUAUGAACACAAUGAGCCUGGACAGGUUUCAGAGAAGGGACUCUGAGCUGAAUUACUCUGUUGGUGCUGACAGUUCCAAUCCUAGAGUUCACAUAGACUUGAUGAGUAGAUUUUCAGAUGUCAGCCCAAGCAAAGACAAUGACUUUUCAUAAGCAAAUAGCUAAGGAAUGGUGGUUGUGUCAUGAAAUGUAUCAAGCAAAUCCCUAGAAAGCAGAGAGAAUGCUAUGAUCACAAAAGCAAUGUUGCACAUUGCCAAUGCACUUGGUGUCUGUAUAGUAAAUGCUUUAACAUUGCAGCCUCUGUGAGUUAGCAUUUAGUGGCAUUGAUUUAGUAUGCAGCACCUGCAAGACAGAGCGGUGGUGAAACCAAAGUUGGGGAAGAGAUCUAGAACCCCAUUGCCUGCAUUGGAGCUUUUAAACACAUCUCAAAGAAACAGCUGCCAAGAACAUGCAUCCAGGCAUGAGGUAAUGGGUUGGAAAUGCUGUCUCUAUUUAGGUUUCUAAAAAAUAGUCUACUAAACAGGGUAUAAUGGGUCAUAGAUACACUGCUGGCAUGACUUUUUCUGGGCAUCAGCCAGAGUUUAUUACACUGAGUGCAAUUAGUGGGCUGGUAGUGGGCUUGUUAAACUAACCCAAUCAAAAUUGCUGGUUUAUGAUUUUCUUUGGUACUGUUUGACGUUUCCGGUUUUAUUUUUCUCUUCUAUUAAUAUCGCAGUUGAGUCACCUCUCUUGAAUAUUUUCAGCUGCUGUGCAGCGGUACAAGCCUAGAUUUUACUUAUGUAGACAAAAAAAAAUGCAGCAUAGAAAACAUUAUACAAUCAGCCAUAGAAGUAUAUUGCCACUUCAUAAAACUCAGCAAAAAUGUCAUUUUUAAAUGCAAAUAUUCAGUGCAGAAUUUUUGUAACAAAACUGCAAAUGUACAGGACCCUACAUGAUGCUGCAAUAAGCUGCAGUGCCCUCUGCUGCAUUGCUAGUCCAUGUACUUACACUAUAGAGUUUUUGUUAAUACACACUACGUUUUCCACUUGUUUCUUUCCUCGGACUAUGUAACUUGCACUACAAAGAUGUUUGCGUAACCAUAUAUUUUAUUGCUUGACAUUCAUUUUAAUAUGCUGACACAAAAGACUAAACACAACAAAAAAUGAAUGCCAAUGUUUGUUUCUUAUCUAAAAAUGCUAAAUUUUGGUUACCAAAGAAUAGUUUUAAUCUCUUUUUAGUUUUAAAAGCAAUAUGCCUACACAAUUUCUUAACAGUUUUUACAUGUGGAAAAAGGCAUUUUACAAUUUGGACAGACGGAGUUUCUUUUGUACUGUUUUAUAGCAUAAUUUUGACGUCUUGUGUAGUUUUUAUAUUAUUUGUAUAUAUUAGGACUUUUAAAAUCCUUACUUUUUAACCUGCGUUUAAAUUUUGUACAUUUUUGAGAAUUUUAGAAAGGAAAAAAAAAAAAAACACGUGUAGUUAACCCAUAGGCUGCUGAAGGAGGUUACAUCAUAAUGCAAUGCAAUAUGCUAAAACCCCCUGCAGCAGGCUACAUAAAAUGCUUAAUUUAUUUCAGUACUUCUGUGAUAUGUGGCUGUGACCCUCAACCUUUGUAAUACUGUAAACAUUCAGGGGCCUUCAAUUUAUUAGACAAUGACAAUGCUGUGACUGUGCUUCAAAUAAAGCAAGGCUGAAAGAAAA